AUUUAAUGGGAUAGUCUGUUAAGUCUUUGACCUGCGGAUUACAUUGCAUCCUGGGACUUUCCGCAAGUGUCCGCCAUUUUGUCCCGGCAAAGCCAUGGCAUCGAGGUUGUUGCGGCCACUUUCCCGACGACUGCAGUCGACCCAGGCUGCAGUCAAAGAGGCCCACACUGCCGCCCCUCCGGCCCCCCUGCCUAAGGAGGCUGUUAAGAUCAGUAAGCUGAGUAAUGGCAUGGUGGUUGCCUCCCUGGAGAACAACUCCCCUGUGUCCAGAGUGGCCCUGUACGUCAAGGCCGGCAGUCGCUAUGAGACCAUGAACAACCUGGGAGUUAGCCAUGCUCUCAGGCUGUCUGCUAACUUAAGCACAAAAGAAUUUUCUGCCUUUCGUCUCACCCGAGGUGUGGAAGUGCUUGGAGGCAGCUUAGAGGCUUCUGGAUCAAGAGAACACAUGGUGUACAAAGUGGACUGCCUCAGAGAUGAAAUGCAGUCCACCCUGGGCUACCUGGCCAGCAUUGUCUCAGCUCCAGUCUUCAAACCAUGGGAGGUGUCCAGCAAUGAGGCCAGGAUGGCAGUGGAGAUGGCUUGUUUGGAAACGCAACCAGGAAUAGCUGUGAGUGAAAUGGUCCAUGCAGCAGCCUACAGGGACUCACUGGGGAACAGCCUGUAUGCACCAGAAGUCAUGAUGGGCAAGCACACUCCUGCCAUGCUGACUGAGUUCAUGCAGAAGUGCUACACCUCCCAAAGCAUGGCACUUGUCGGACUUGGUACCGACCACGACACCUUGGUACAGCUGGGGGAGGACCUGUUCUCCAUCAGCACCGGUCCACCUGCUGUCAAAACACCUGCCAAGUAUGUAGGAGGAGUUGACUCCAGGAGACACAUCCUCAGCCCCAUCAGUACAGCAGCCAUCGUGACGGAAGGGUCGUCGCUGAACAGCACAGACCUGCUGUCCCUCGCGGUGCUGCAGAGACUGCUGGGAGCUGGACCGUACAUCAAGUGGGGCAGCGACACAGCCUCCUCCCGUCUGAACAGGGGCGUGGCUCAGGCCACACAAAUGCCUUUCUCAACUACAUGCUUCAAUGCCAACUACACAGACUCUGGGCUUUUUGGACUCCUGGCAGCAGCACCAGCUGAGCAGAUCGGAACAGUUCUGAAGGCUGCUGUGAGUCAGUAUGGAGCCAUCACUAAAGGUGACGUGAAGGAUGCUGACGUACAGAGGGCCAAGAGCCAGCUGAAGGCUGCAGUGCUGAUGUCCAUGGAGGACUCGGCUAACAUGCUGGAGGACCUGGCACUCCAGGCCGUGGAGACGGCAGCUUAUGUCAGCCCUGACCAGGUGGCAGCACAGGUGGACUCCAUCACCACUGACCAAAUAGUCAAGGUUGCAAAGCGCGUGUUCAACGGCAAGCCAACGAUGGCCGCUCUGGGAGAUCUAUCCAACACCCCACACCUAGACCAACUAGUCUAACCCAAAUACUCUUAUAGAACUGAUGACCGUACUCUAGCAGAUUGUGUUAAACUGAACAUGGCAUAUAUACAUGUACCCUUUUCAGAGGCUAUUUCUGUACAUUAAUAGUAGUCCAGACUCAACUGUCCCCUGAACUUCAGUUAAAUUCAGUUGUAUUCUUCAAUGUCAUUGGCAAAGACGAAUGACAUAACCUUUUCAAAAUAUAUUCCCAUAGAAAGACUGGUUUACAGUGAUGACUUUCAGUAUUUGUCAACACCGGUAGUGAUUUUUACAGACAGAUGCUAUGUCAUCAAAGUGUGUGUUGUAUGGUGUAGCAUGUAGUUCUGAUGUCCAAAUUUUAAGAACAGUAUAUGUGAUGAACCUCAAAAGAAAAUACAGGUUGCAUUUGAAUUCCCCAUGUUCAGAAUGUUUCAAAUAAAGUAUUAUAUCUGAGUCUA